AUGAGCACCGCCGACAGCUUCCUCCCGCCCGCGCUGAGCGCGGAGAGCAUCACCGCAUUAAUCCACUCCCUCUCCCUCCCCACCCCGACCAGCAUCACCCCCCUCGAAGUAAGAGCCGCCUUCCACUCAAUCUACCUCAUCACCUUCGCCGCAUCACCCCCGACAAACAUCCCCGCCCGCCCCAACCCCGACGGCAGCACGACGCUUGUCCUCCGCGUCUCCGGGCGCCAACUCCCGCGCAUCAAGACCCUCAACGAAGUAGGCGUCAUGAGCUGGGUCCGGACACACACCACCAUCCCCGUGCCCGCCAUCAUCCACUACGACGCGACCGAAACCAACCCGAUCGGCCACGAAUUCACGCUCCUCGAAAAAGCCCCCGGCGUCAGCCUCGACACGAUCUACCCCAGUUUAUCGGAGUCGACCAAGACCCAACUCGUCCGGCAGCUGGCCGCGUACCUGAUCGAACUGCACACCCACCCCUGGACAGACGGAUACGUGGGGGGUCUCACCCUCUCCGCGUCCGGCGCCGUCGCGCGGGGCCCGCCCAUCGACGAAACCUACUGGCAGAAGCCCGACCUGGAGAAAUACUGGUCUCCAUCAAUCAUUGUCUCGGGAACAGAAACAGAACCAACGGACGGGACGAUCAGUCUGGAGACGCUCAACCCCACCCCGCCCGCCGGAUUCCCAAACUACGUGGCGUUCACCGUCGGCUGUCUGGACCGGUACCUCGACGCCAUCGCCAUCCACCCCGCCCUCCAGCCCUACCGGGACCUGGUCCCGCGCGUCCGCGCCUUCAGGGCAGCGGUGCAGCGGCCCGAGUGCGCGGCCCGGCUGAACGAUGUGCCCUAUGUGCUUGCGCACAAGGACCUCCACUGCGCGAAUAUCAUGUGCGAUCCGACGCGGCCGGGCUGUCCGAUUACCGCGGUGCUGGAUUGGGAGUUUAGCGGGGUGGUGGCGGCGCCGCGGUGGAAUCCGGUGAGGGCGUUUCUGUGGAAUGCGAGGGACGGGGCGGAGGAUAAGGCGGAGCGGGAUCGGUUGGAGGCUGUGUUUGAGGAGGUGUUGGGGCGGGAGAUGGGGGCGGAGUGGGUGUUGGCGGAGAUGCAGUGGAAGAGUCCGUUGCAGGAGGAGGUGCAGAGGGUCGUGAAUCACUUGCGCGCGAUUGUCGAGGUUGUUCCCCGCGGGCAGGCCGGGGAGAGAGCUGGGCAGUGGAGGAGGGUUGUGGAGGAGGGGAUGGCUUGUGUGGAAGGUGGGAUGUUGAGCUAG